CGGGCACACUAAUUCAAAAUGGUGGAAAGAUUUCUGCUGCGUCGCAUGAGUAAAACGUGAAAAACUAUCUUUUUGUUUCGAAAAAGUGCAUUUAAAAACAAGUGGCCUGCAGGAAAACAUAAACAUUUGCCAGUACGACCGUAUACAAGUGAUUUUCCUGUAUUUAAUGAGCGCUAUAAGGCAACUGUGUGUGCUACCACGAAAAUAUAAUGAGCCAGGCACUCAAUGAAUCGGCGAAUAGUAUUGGCUCAGAUGAACAAGAUGACACUCGGGAAGGGACCAAUGGAACAGACCAUAGUGGCAGUGGAAGUGGCAGCGGUAGUGGCUCCUCCGGCUCCGAUUCAGACUCGGACAGCUCCUCUGGCAACUCCAGUGAUGGACGCAGUUCUCCGGAAGGACACGACAAAUCGUUAUCUGUGGCCGGGUUUCCACCAACGGCCGCUGCUGCCCAGGCGGACAGCAAAACAAACGGGUUCACAGAUGACCAGGAGGACAGCUCCAGUGACGGAUCAAGUGGUAGCGAUUCCGACUCCGAUGCCGAGGGCACAGCAGAGCACAUUAUCCAGAGCAAGAACAAUGCCAAUACAAGCAAAAGCAGCUUGUCCAAAACGGAGCAGGUUGAUGAGGACAAUGAGACUGAGGCUGGUCAGCAGCAGCCAGCUAGUGAUGGCUCUGCGGAUGAAGCAAGUGAUAGCUCUGCCAAUGUCUCGCCCACAUCCUCCAGCAGCAGCAGUGAGGAGGAAGAGGAGGACUACAGACCUAAACGGACGCGCCAGGCGCGCAAACCACCGACGGCUGCUGAAAAAUCCAAGAAAGCUCCAGCACCCAAACACAAAAAGAAAACCUGGGACUCUGACGAAAGCGAUGAAAGUGAAGACAGUGAUGUGUCCACCGCCAACAAACGCAAAACAGUAGCCUCUACCUCCAGAAGUAAACCCGCACAGCAACAACAAAGACGCAGGGUAAAAUCGUUUAGCUCCGAGGACAGUGAUGAUGAUGAUGCUAGCAAACGUUGUGCCACUCGUCGCACAGCCGCCGCAGUUAGCUACAAGGAGGCCUCGGAGGACGAAGCCACUGACUCAGAGGAUCUGCUAGAGUUUGAGUACGAUGAGAGCCAGGCAGCUACCACUGCCGCCGCAGCCGAGGAGGAGGAGAAGUGCGAGACCAUUGAGCGCAUUCUAUCACAGCGGGCUGGCAAGAAGGGAUGCACGGGAAACCAAACAACGAUUUAUGCUAUCGAAGAAAACGGCUUCGAUCCAAAUGCAGGUUUCGAUGAGAAGCAAAUUACAGACGUCCAGUCUGAGACGCAGUUCCUAAUAAAGUGGAAGGGCUGGUCAUACAUCCACAACACCUGGGAAUCUGAGGCUACUUUGCGUGAAAUGAAAGCCAAAGGCAUGAAGAAGCUGGACAACUUCAUAAAAAAAGAGCAAGAACAGGCCUACUGGCGCCGUUACGCAGGUCCCGAGGACAUAGACUAUUUCGAGUGCCAGCUGGAACUGCAGCACGAGCUGCUAAAGUCCUACAACAACGUGGACCGCAUCAUUGCCAAGGGCUCUAAGCCUGACGACGGCUCCGAAGAGUAUCUGUGCAAGUGGCAAUCUCUUCCGUACGCUGAGUCUACAUGGGAGGAUGCCGCCUUGGUGCUUCGAAAAUGGCAACGAUGUGCAGAGCAGUUCAGCGAGCGCGAAAGCUCAAAAUGCACACCAUCCCGCCACUGUCGAGUGCUCAAGUACCGUCCAAAGUUCUCUCGAAUCAAGAACCAGCCGGAGUUCCUCACAGCGGGACUAACUCUUAGAGAUUACCAAAUGGACGGUUUAAAUUGGUUGCUGCACUCAUGGUGUAAGGAGAAUUCGGUGAUCUUGGCCGACGAGAUGGGCCUUGGCAAAACCAUACAAACUAUUUGCUUCCUGUACUCUCUAUUCAAGCUGCAUCACCUUUACGGGCCGUUCCUCUGUGUAGUCCCGCUUAGUACCAUGACGGCAUGGCAGCGGGAGUUCGACUUGUGGGCGCCUGACUUAAAUGUGGUCACUUACCUUGGUGAUAUUAAAUCAAGGGAGCUUAUCCAGCAGUAUGAGUGGCAGUUUGAGGGCUCCAAGCGGCUGAAGUUCAAUUGCAUUCUCACAACGUACGAGAUUGUGCUGAAGGACAAGCAAUUCCUGGGAACGCUUCAGUGGGCUGCUCUGUUGGUGGACGAGGCACAUCGCCUUAAGAAUGAUGACUCGCUGCUCUAUAAGUCAUUGAAAGAAUUCGACACUAACCAUCGUCUACUUAUCACUGGCACUCCGCUGCAGAACUCAUUGAAGGAGCUGUGGGCUUUGCUCCACUUUAUUAUGCCGGAUAAAUUUGACACUUGGGAAAAUUUUGAGGUUCAGCAUGGCAAUGCCGAGGAUAAAGGCUACGCCCGGUUGCAUCAGCAGUUAGAGCCAUAUAUUCUGCGUCGAGUAAAAAAAGACGUAGAGAAAUCGCUGCCGGCUAAGGUAGAGCAGAUCCUGCGCGUCGAGAUGACCUCGCUACAGAAGCAGUACUACAAGUGGAUCCUCACCAAAAACUUUGAUGCUUUGCGAAAGGGAAAGCGCGGCAGUACCUCCACUUUCCUGAACAUAGUCAUCGAGCUAAAGAAGUGUUGCAACCACGCGGCUCUCAUUCGACCAUCAGAGUUUGAACUUAUGGGCUUGCAGCAAGAUGAGGCUUUGCAAACUUUACUCAAGGGGUCUGGAAAACUCGUUCUGCUCGAUAAGCUGCUAUGCCGAUUAAAGGAGACGGGUCACCGCGUGCUGAUUUUUUCCCAAAUGGUGCGCAUGUUAGAUGUGCUGGCUGACUAUCUGCAGAAGCGCCACUUUCCUUUCCAGCGCCUCGAUGGAAGCAUUAAGGGAGAAAUGAGGCGACAAGCUUUGGAUCACUUUAAUGCCGAGGGCAGUCAAGACUUCUGCUUCCUGCUCUCGACAAGAGCCGGUGGUCUGGGUAUAAACCUGGCCACAGCCGAUACGGUGAUUAUCUUUGACUCCGACUGGAACCCUCAAAACGAUUUGCAGGCGCAGGCAAGAGCCCAUCGUAUCGGGCAGAAAAACCAGGUCAACAUCUAUCGCUUGGUCACUGCCCGCUCGGUGGAAGAGCAGAUCGUAGAGCGAGCAAAACAGAAGAUGGUACUGGACCACCUAGUUAUUCAACGGAUGGAUACUACGGGGCGCACUGUUCUGGACAAGAGCGGCAACGGACACUCGUCCAACUCGAAUCCUUUUAACAAAGACGAUCUGUCCGCUAUUCUGAAGUUUGGAGCAGAAGAGCUGUUCAAGGACGAGCAGGAGCAUGACGACGACUUGGUUUGUGACAUCGACGAGAUUCUACGCCGGGCAGAGACCCGCAACGAGGAUCCUGAAAUGCCAGCAGACGACCUGUUGUCCGCUUUCAAAGUGGCCAGCAUAGCGGCUUUCGAGGAGGAGCCGAGUGAUUCUGCUAACAGGCAAGAGCACGAUGCGGCAGGCGAGGAAGACGACAGUAAGGACUGGGACGACAUUAUUCCAGAGGACUUCCGUAAAGCAAUCGACGAUCAGGUGCGAGCCAAGGAGAUGGAAGACUUAUACCUGCCACCUCGGAGAAAGACUGUCCCCCCUAACCAAAAUGAAGGAAAACGUGGAGCGGGAAAGGGUGCCAAAGGGAAACAGCAGGCUGACGACUCUGCCGGUGACUCUGACUACGAGCUGGGCUCCGAAGGUAGUGGCGACGAUGGUAGACCUCGCAAGCGUGGACGCCCUACUAUGAAGGAGAAGAUAACCGGGUUCACAGAUGCGGAGUUACGUCGUUUCAUCCGGAGUUAUAAGAAGUUUCCUGCUCCACUUAACCGCAUGGAGGCCAUUGCAUGUGAUGCUGAGCUACAAGAAAAGCCGCUAGCGGAACUAAAACGUCUCGGUGAGAUGCUGCAUGAUCGCUGCGUUCAGAUCCUGCACGAGCAUAAGGAGGAAGAGCAAAAGACUGCGACGGCAGAUGAGACGCCGGCUGCUAAGCAGCGUCGCGCACGCGCCACCUUUUCUGUGAAGCUAGGUGGUGUUUCUUUUAAUGCCAAAAAGUUGCUAGCUUCUGAGCAGGAACUACAGCCGCUUAAUGAGAUCAUGCCCAGCCUGCCCGAAGAGCGCCAGCAAUGGAGCUUUAAUAUCAAGACUCGUGCACCGGUCUUCGACGUACCCUGGGGCAAUGAGGAGGACACUAAGCUACUAUGCGGCAUUUACCAGUAUGGCAUUGGAUCCUGGGAGCAAAUGAAGCUGGACCCCACUCUCAAGCUCACUGACAAAAUCCUUUUAAACGACACGCGAAAACCGCAGGCUAAACAGCUGCAGUCGCGUGCCGAGUACCUGCUCAAAAUUAUUAAGAAGAACGUGGAGCUUACCAAGGGUGGACAACGUCGACAGCGUCGCCCUAGAGCAUCACGUGCCAACGAUGCCAAGGCUGCUAGUCUGUCAGCUAGCUCGAAUUUUGAUAACAAGUUACAUGAGGCAGAAGACGCUGGAGAAGGACGCAUCGCCCCAGAAAGUAGUAUCAGUCAAAUGGAUCCAUCUACCGUGUCGCCGAAUAAUGCUCCGGCCACCGAGCAAUCUGGUACCACUGUGAAGAAAACCAAAAAAUCUAAGGCCCGAUCGAAAAAGACCAGCGCAUCGGACAACAACGGCAACAAGCCAAUGCACUUUACGGCCAACAAUGAACCCAGAGCUUUAGAAGUACUGGGCGACCUUGAUCCCAGCAUAUUUAAUGAGUGCAAGGAAAAGAUGCGGCCAGUAAAAAAAGCCCUAAAGGCUCUGGACCAACCUGAUGUAAGUCUUUCCGACCAGGAUCAGUUGCAGCACACAAGGGAUUGCCUUCUUCAAAUAGGUAAACAAAUCGAUGUUUGCCUCAAUCCCUACGGCGAGCCAGAGAAGAAGGAAUGGCGCAGUAAUUUGUGGUACUUUGUAUCGAAGUUCACCGAGUUGGAUGCAAAACGUCUGUUCAAAAUUUAUAAGCAUGCACUCAAACAGAAGACUGGCGAUGGUAAUGAAGCUAGUGAGGUAAAGGGAAAAGCGAAGGACGCAUCAGGAAGUCCCACCAAGUCCAAACGUAAUGGCCUGUCUGCUGAAGAGAAGGACAAGGAGCGUGAAAAGAGCGUUGGAAAAAAAAAGAAAAAGGACAAGGACAAGGAACGUACUGGACAGUCGCGAUAUCCGGAAACGGGUACACCAUCCUCUGGUCGCUUUCCCAAUGACUCACCUCUGAAGCGCAAGCGGGAUGAGAACGAUGUUGAAGCCAGCAGUGGAACAGCAGGUACUCCAGGUGGAGGCAUCGGUGACCACCUUAAGUCUAUGUCAUUCAAGCGGCUUAAUAUGGACCGACAUGAAGACCGAAAGAAGCACCAUCGCAGUUCCGACUACUACGCUGGCAGUGGCCCACCUAUGGGCAGUGGAGGGUAUGAAGGAGGUGGUCGCAUUGCUAGCCGACAAGGCCCCACCUCCCCCUCUGCAGCUAGUAGUCGUGGAGGUCGAGGUGGUUACGAACCACCGCCCGUUCCAGCCGGCUACACCUCAGAGAUUGAUCGGUGGCAUUCUCGCGAAAGAUAUAGCCAAGAAUUUAAACGCGAUCGAUACGAUGGUUACCCGCGCAGUGGAGGAGCUCAAAGCAGCUAUCAUCGCGAACGCGACCGACGUCCUGACAAACGCAGAUAUCCAUCUGGCCUGCCACCACAUCCUUACUCACCCCACUACCUGCCACACAACUACUAUGGAAUGCCGAAUGGAGUCGUUCCAGGCCUUCCGCCACCUUCGUCAGGCUAUCGGAGUGAUUCCCGCAGUUAUCCGGUAAUGCCGCGAGAUUAUCCUCCAGACUAUAGACGCAGCGACUAUGAACGGCGCACGCAGACCUGAGCAGUCAGCCCUGAAAUCCGACUGUUUAUUGUACAUAAAAAGCAUAGACUUAAGCGCGGCUGGGAGAGUAAAUUCCUUCCCAGCCACUCGACACAAGAAAACCAACCUGCAUACAAUAUGUUAAGUGUAGCUCCAAACCCCUGUACAAGUAAUACCUAGCAGCUAACUAUAUUUCUAAACAUAAUUUUACAUCCGAUCGCACAGAGGGCAAGCACUUGAUCAUCCAGGGUUUAGUGGCAAUACUUGCAACCUAAUCUAAGAAUUUCUGUGUAUAAAUCAGGCUUUAAAUCGUUCAUCAUUACGACAAAAUAUUUUUAUACCAUUCAAUUGUACAGAAGGUGCGCUGGUCAUGAAUGUGUGCUGUGUGGAAUGUGGCCCAUGAUGUAAGGACGUUUAAAAGUUUUUAAACAACAAAUUCUCACUAUAUUUAAACACUAAAAUAUAUUUGUAAACACAAAAGCAAUGGGGGCCGUUGAAGAUGCGUAUCAAGGUUAUGAAAUAUAGCAACAGACUAAUCAUUUGUUUUAUGUCUAUAUUGCAUUCUAACUUUUAUAUACCGUUUAAAAAUAAAGAAUCAGCGAAUGA